GGCUCUAGCAACAUGGAGUUGACGAAGAUGGCAGGAGCUGUGGCUAAACAGUUAUUUUCUAAAAACUCGGCAUUGUCAUGCCGUGUGUUAAAUUUCGGUCAAUUUCAUCACUCUAGAUGCCUCAGUACCUCGCACAGACUGCAGACUGACGAGGACUCGAACCCAAAGUCAUGGCUGAAAAACAUUCUCCCUGUGAGGACGCUGCCUGCCAGCAAGGAGUCCCACUCAAGUCUCCUAUCCAACAAGGAAACUGUUUAUGAAAUGCAGUUCCAUGCUGUAAAGCCUGAGAAUAUGGAGGAGUAUCUCAAACAGUUCCAAUUAUUUCAACAGUUGAUGCAUGACAAAGGCACAGGUGCAAAACUUAUAGGUAGCUUCACGGUGGAGAUUGGCGAUCAGGACGAGGCAGUGCAUAUUUGGCAGUAUCCCGGAGGAUAUCCGGUCCUUAACAAUGCAACGGAAAUAUACAGAAAAGACAAAGAUUUCAUUGAUUACCGUCUGCAACGAAACAAAAUGCUGAGGUCGAGGAAAAACCAGAUUCUGCUGCCCUUUAGCUUCUGGCCUGAACCGACCGCAAGGAAUGGAUCUAAUAUAUACGAGAUGAGAAGUUACACAUUAAAGCCUGGCACUAUGAUUGAAUGGGGUAACAAUUGGGCUCGAGGGAUAGAGAAUCGGCGGUCAAACGAUGAGGCGGUAGCUGGAUUAUUCACACAUUUGGGCGAACAAUAUGUGGUACAUCAUGUAUGGGGUUACACUGAUCUACAGUCACGUAAGGAGACAAGAGAACAGGCCUGGAGUAAACCUGGCUGGGACGAGUGUGUCGCUUACACUGUGCCUCUGAUUCGUCACAUGCAGUCCAGAAUAUUAAUACCGACUCCAUUUUCACCUCUCCAGUAGUAGCACAACCGAUGGGAUACUCCGCGGAGGUUAUAGUCACAUGACUUAGUAAUUAGUCUGCGGAGAAAUAAAGAAAGGCAAUUGAUGGAGGUCAACCGUCAUCAGAGAAUGGAUAUGAAAGACUUGAGCUACGGACUUGUUUCUUUGUGCUUUCUGACCAACUAAUUCACCGUAGAAAAAGAUCAUCUGUCGAUCAUUUUUCAUAGAGAACCCCCGACUUUGUGGUAUAAAACACACAAUCAUUGACUGUCUCCAAAACUUUAAGGACUGGAGAAAAGUCUGUAUAUAUUAAGGGUGAAUUUGUGGGAAGAGAUAUAUUCGGUCUUAUGAAAAGAAAAUUUAAAUUCUUAUGAACAUACAUAGGAUAUAUGGAUUACAGUUGUAUGAGUAAAAUGCUGCAAAACACUGCUGUACAUUUUGUAUUUAAAUCUUUUAGACAGGUUUUCUUCAAUAAAUUCAAUGAGAAACAAUGUUAAACUAACAAAAAAAAAAGAAAUUAUUGAAGUGACACUGUAUAAAUAACAUUUCAAAUUAAGACAAUUUGGUCAUGCAUAUGUGAAUUUGUUUUAUAGAAUUAAGUUUUGUUUGAAAACUCUUAAUGAGAUUUAUUGUUAUUUUCUUUAUUAUACAAUAACAAGUCUAGACUAAUAGAUUGAUAGGACUUCAUUCAUUUCAAAGUAAUUGUUCCAAAACUGUCAAGAAAAAUUAAAUAGCGAUCAUACAUGUAUCCAUGCAUUUCUCAACGCCAUGACUGAAGCAAAAAUAGUUAAAUUUAUUUUUUUUUAAAUUUUGAUGCAUGGGUAUUAUAAUGAUGCAGAAUUUUAGAAAUAACAACAGUAACUUAAAUUAUUUUUAUGACAUUGUUUCCUGUGAAAAGAAAUAUGUAAGCAAUGGGUUAUAUAUGCUUGAUCCUAGUGCUACCUUAAAAAAAUUAUGAAAUAUUAAACAAAAUUAUUUCAGGACCUAUUCUGUAUUUUGGACGAUUGAUAAUGGGCCCGAAUCCCAUUUGAAAUUAUUUCAUAUUCAAGCCAAAUUCAUUGAAUUUGCAGUUUAUUCUUGGAACAUUUUCUUCCUCAUAUCGGGGACCAGUGAAAAAUUAAAUUUUCCUUGAACAGUAACCUCCCUUCGAAUUGUGUGAAAAAUUUUCUGCCUAUUUAUUGGCUUAUAAUGACUAGAUUUUGAUAUCGUUUAUUUAAGAUCAAGAUAUACAAUUGGCAUUUUAGAGGCGAGUCAAACUUAUUUCAAAAUGGUAUGCGAAAUUGUACCUGUUUAUGAUACAUAUGAUGUACAAUGUAUUUUAUUGAAUAUUGGCUUUUCACAAAGAAGUAAUCUUCAUUCUAUUUAGAUGAUGGCACAGUUUGGCCUCAAAAGAGGCCAAUACUUGUAUAUUCUUCUGUAUACAAACUGGUCUGGGUCUCAUAGAAAGCAGUUGUGUCAGGUCCCUGUGAUAUAUGGAGAUCAGGGUGGUGGAGAAGUCGGUGGCAAAAACAUGGCUGUUGUCAUAGAAAUUUUGAACGUUUUUAUAAAGAUAUUAAUCCUCACCUGGGUUGUUUUGUAAUUUAGACUUUUUUUAACAGUAUAAUAUGGUGGAGUGAAUCUGAAGGAAAAGUUUGACUUUUGUAGGUAGCUCAAUUAAUAUUUAACCUUGGCUGGUUACCAUGGUAAUUGAGGUCAGCGACCAGGGCUAACAUUUUGGAGGUUAAUUAAUUGAAAUAAGUAGAUGGGCAUAUUAAAUGGUGCUUUUUUUAGGACUGUACUAGAUAUUUUUAGCAACUUUUUUUUGUGUAAUAUAUUGAAUAAGAGAAACUAUUUUUCAUCACGAACUUCUACCAAGAACAUAAGUACAGUAGUAUGAUAAGAUUGGAUUUUAUAUGUACAUUAUUUUCUGAUAUUGCAAAGUCAAUUAACUAUUUAUAAGCGAUACCUAGGCUUCCAGUUUAAUAGUGUAAAAUGGAAUCAUGUUUGAAUUAAGGCUUUGACAAUGUUGAAAUCAAGACAGUACUGUAUUUAAUUCAUAGAGAAUUGAGUUUAUUGAAAAUGAGGGUAUUCUAUUUUUUUCUUUCUUUUUUUUUUUAUUUAUCUGGGUAAGAAAACAUUCACGUGAUAAAAUCACAGAAAUGUAAUGAUGAAAGUUGGAAAUGAAAUAUUAUUAGUGUGUAUCUGAAGAUCUGAUAUUAAGAAAAGGUCAACUUAAUCUUGUGUACAUUGAAGUAUAGCAUUAAAACAACUUGUUAUAUUGUA